AUGUCCGCCAAGGUGCAGAGGAUUGAAGCGAUUGGGGCUGUGUGCGGCAAGCUCAAAACAAGAAAGGCUGCUGCCAAGCGCUACAAGAUCACUGGCACAGGCAAAGUGCUCACUCGCAGACCAGGAAAGCAGCACAUCAACGAAAAGAAGAGCUCGAAGAAGCUGUCGCAGCUGGGCAAGCUUAAACAGGUGGACCACGGUGACCUCAUCAAAGUAAAGCGGUGCUUGCCGAAUGCGAGCAUAAAGUGA